AUGGGCGUCCUCAUCCAAGCACAGAUCGCCGCCGCGCAAGGCAUAGUCCACAGGCCGCCCCGCGCGGCUGGAAAGGGCGCUGCCUGUCUCGACGCUGUCUCUCUGCUGUCCUUUGCCGACCACCCCGAUCCCCUCCAGUCGAGGCUAGCGAUGUCCUCGGUCGUGGCUUGUUAUGACGCCUACGUUCUGGGGAGGGACGGGUGGUCCGAGCUCGGCGCCUACUUUGCGGAGUACAGACACUCCAUCCUGCCGGAGAUGGACGCUUUCCGCUCCCCGUCGACGGAGACGAUCAAUGUGUUCGCGCAUACGGGAGAGGUGUUCAACCAAACCGUCCUCGUCUCCAGAGGAAGUUGGGAGGCGGGUGUCAGGACAGAGGCGUUGUGGGACCGGCAGGUCUACCUCCACCACGCAUUCGGGUGGGCCAUCUACGUCCUCCUCGGAGCAAUUGUUCUCUCCGCGCUCGUUGGCCGCUUUGUGGUUCUCCGACCAAGUGGGUUCAUGUACACCGCCUACAAGCGACAUAUUUCGACUCCCGCAGCGUUCGGGCACCGGCACCUGCGCGGACGGCUCUUCUCCGUACCCACCAGGCUACAAGCCAUCUUUAUUGCGCUCUACCUCGCCCUCAACCUCAUCUGGAGCUGCAUUGGCUAUCGCACGUCCCAGGAUAAUCUUUUCUUUCCCGGCCGCCCGGAUCAGCAGCUCGCACGAUAUGUUGCCGACCGCACCGGCGUCAUGUCAUUCUACAACCUGCCCCUGUUGUUUCUCCUCGCUGGGCGGAACGACGUGCUCCUCUGGCUCACCGGCUGGUCUUAUGCGUCAUGUACCCUCUGGCACCGAUGGGUAGCACGUGUUGCGACACUCCAAGCCAUUGUGCACUCGGUCGCCUAUACCUGGCUUGAGAAGGAUAGCCUCGUCGAGCUCUUUGCCGAGAAUCCCUGGCGCUCUGGCGUUGUCGCGACUAUCGUGAUGGCGCUCAUGCUCCCUCUGGCCGUUCGGCCGCUGCGUGAGCGCGCGUACGAGGUCUUCCUGGCAAUCCACAUCGUCUUCUCCAUCGUCCUCCUGGUCCUCCUUUUCUUGCACGUCCACAAUUUCGGUACCGGGUACCACGCAUACCUAUGGUCCUGCAUCGGCGUCUGGGCGUUUGACCGUGCCGCACGCGCCACCCGCGUCCUGUUCCUCACGCCCACUCUCAAACCGAAUGCUCUCGCCCUCCUCCCAAACACCCAGGGUUUCGUCCGCCUCGCAGUCCGUACGCAGCGCGCUCUCGCCCCCGUCCCCGGCACUUACUUCUUCCUCCACCUCCCUUCGGUGUCACCGCUCGCCAACCACCCAUUUACGCUCGCGUCGUGGCGUCGGACUGCCGCGGGAGGUACAGAGCUACACUUUCUGUGCAAGCCUCGUGGAGGCUCUACGUCCUUGUUGAGGGCGAGCGUGGAGCGGACACUCGCCAACGCAAUCCCACAAGAGCUGGGCGCGCUGAAGCUGCCCGUCCUCCUCGAAGGACCCUAUGGAGUCUCGCACAAUCUGAAUGGUUUUGACCGCGUCCUUCUCGUCGCGGGCGGAAGCGGGAUCACAGCGCUCCUUCCCUACUUGGGGCGACAGCGACUCUCGGUCGUGUGGAUGGUACAAGAUGCGACCCAGGCCGAGGACGUGCUGGUCAACGAGCUUCGUCAAUCAGCUAUCGGAGAGGCCCACGUCGACGUCUGGGUCACAGGCGGCGCCAUGCCGAGUGGAUGCAUGAACGGCUGGCCGCUUGGGGCGCCCGCGACGCCACCCCGCCCUCCAUCACCCGAGAUCCCCUCUCCAGUGGCGUUUUCCGAAUACCGCUGCAGCUAUAACGCCUACUUGUACAAACCGACACUGUCUUCACCAGGAGCCAAGUUUGUCCUUGACGGCUACACUGUGGUCGAGAAGGGCGAACACGCGGGCCGUGUUUGUGUGCGCUGGGGUCGCCCUUGCGUCGCCGAGGUACUCCAACGCCACCUCUCCACGCAGAGGUUGGCUGUACUAGCCUGCGGUCCCGAUGGGAUGAUGGACGACAUGCGGGCGGCAGUGGCUGCGGCAUACGGCCGCGUGGAUGGGCACCAGCUUGAUUACUUCGAGGAGGCGUUCUCGUGGUGA